AUGUCAAAAGAAGAGACGAACCAGGAUGAUCAAACUCCAUCAGCAGAAACAAAGCCAGAUCAAGUAUUAUCGGCAAAUCAGCAACAUCAACAAUUAGAAUCUUAUCAACAACAACAACAACAACCUUAUUCACAACAAAUUUAUCAACAACAACAACAACAUAUACAAAAUCAAUCUCCAAAUAAUAAUAAUAAUGUAUUAACUAGAAAAUUACCUCCAUUAUCAACAGUUUAUAGAGCUGAUUAUAAACCUUUUUCAACUUUUUUACCCUAUGAACCAGCAUUUAGAGAUCAACCAUCUCAACAACAACAACAACCUUUAUCAAAUCAAGUAUUGACUACUGAAUAUCCAUUACCAAAUAAAAAUUCAAAUGUUGCUGCAUUAGCUUUAAAUACUUCACAACCCUCAUUAGAUUCAUCUAUAACUAAAUUCAAAUCCUCAACAAAAGCAACAACUAAAAAAAAUUCACAACCUGAAACAACAACUAAAAGCACCAGCUCCACCACCACGGAUAAAGUAACUAAACCCAAAAAGAAAGAUCCGUUAAGACCUUAUGCAUGUACUACUGAAUUAUGCAAUUGGUCAUUUGCUCGACAAUCAGAUUUAACAAGACAUAUGAAAUCUCAUUCAGCACCACAAUAUCAUUGUCCAUAUUGGAAAAAUGAUCCUACAUGUCAUAAAAAUAAUGGUGCAUUUAAUAGAUUAGAUGUUUUGAAAAGACAUUUAAAAUUAGUUCAUUAUGUUAAAGAUAAAUUUGUUGGUUAUAAUGGUGGUGAUAAUACUGAAUCGAAAGAAAUUAAAAACAAAGAAGAAACUAAAGGUAAAAAAAAAGAUGAACCAGGUUGGUGUAGAUCUUGUCAAAAAAUGUUUCCAAAUGCAAAAGCAUUUGUUGAACAUUGUUAUGAAUGUGCUGCUAAUACUCAACCUGCUGAAUGGAGAGAUAAAAAUAAUAAUGAUCUUACUAUUGUUAAUAUUAGACAACCAUAUAAUAAAAUUAAAAGUAAUAAUAAUGCUGCAAAUGUUGGUCAAAGUACUUUUAGAGUUUUAAUAGGUCCACAACCAGAAGAAAAAAUUGAUUACGCUAUUAGUCAAAUCCCUAAAUAUCAAUAA